AUGUCAACAAAAGUAAAUGGCGUUGGUGAAGAAUACGGAAGAGGCAGUGGUGGUGGUGAAUACGGAGGAGGUGGAAGUGUUUACAGAUCUGGUGAUGCUAAAUACGCAGGAGACGGUGGUGUUACGGAUAUGGUGGUGGUGGGUGUCGUGAGAGAAAAAACGAUGGUGGAAACGAAUAAUAAUGCGUGUGAUAACAGAUAG